AUGUAUGGUGUACCUAUUUGUGCGGUAGAUGUGGUGGAAAACAGGAGAAUAUGUGACAACGUUGCCCGCGUAUGGAGAAGAGUAGCCUUGAGAGUUAUCUGCGCAUACCGAACGGUGUCGUAUGAGGCCUCGGCCAUUCUUUCUAGAAUUCCAUUUAGAAUCUUAGCGCUUAGAUACCGUGCGGUAUAUUCGCGUACAAAGGAAGUAAUAAUAGGGAAUGGGUUUAUACUGCCUAGAACAAGAGAUAGGAUAAAAGCGGUCGAGUGCAAGAGGACAGUAGAAACAUGGAGGGGAGAACUCUUGACUCUUUCGCCUUCGACGCCGGGAUAUAGGGUUCGGGCAGCCCUAAUAGAGGUGCUACCAACCUGGAUGGGUAGGACGGGGGGCCUUACCUUUCACAUGACUCAAAUCAUUACGGGUCAUGGCUGUUUCCAGGACUAUUUAUACGAGAUCCGUCGGGCGGAGUUCCCCGCUUGCAUGCAUUGCAUGGGAGCGGCGGACUCGGCACGGCAUACUCUGGAAACUUGUCCCACGUGGGGUGAACAAAGGGCAGUGUUGACAGCAAUAGUUGGUAGUGAUUUGUCAAUUGUGACAAUUCUUAGAGCGGCUCUUAGGUCCAAUAUGAGGUGGGAAGGGUUUAAAAGAUUCUGCGAGGAGAUAAACAAUGCCGACCAAAAGGCUAAAGCAAAAGCGAUGCUGAAGAAUACUGUUUUAAAGGAUAAACAACAGCAGAUGAACAAGACGCCAGAAGAUAAGAGUAGCAAGCAAGAUAGAGAUGCUGAGGACAUCUUAUCAAUAUUCGAUGAGUAG